UUUGACGAGCGUGUAGUAUUGUGAUAGUUAAGUGGCAAAACUUCAGAAUUUAUUUUACCUAUACGUAUUGUGAAUUGUAUUUGAGAGCAUGAAUUCUUUAGAAGAAGUAUCAGUAGUUGAUAUAUAUGACUUGGCAUCGGAAAUUGGCAAGGAAUUCGAAAAAAUCAUUGACAAAAAUGGGCCAAACUCUGUAAUUGACCUUAUACCCAAAGUUAUAAACGUAUUGGAGCUGCUGGAAGCGGUACUUAUCAAACGAGACAACGAAGAUUCUGCUGUGCAGGAGCUUCGUGAUAAGAUAGCUCAACUAGAAACCGAUAAACUGGAAAAGGCAGAAUUAAAAAAACAAAAUGAUAAGGAAAUGGAAUCGAUUGAGGAGCAAUGGCGCUCAGAAACAAGGGACUUACUUCAGUUAAUUAGUCGCCUUCAGAAUGAAAACCGUCGGUUAUCAAAGUCAUGUGCAUUAAUUACAGCUGCAAACAUGGUACAAUCAACAGAUAGUACUGAUAUUACUGAUUCUGGAAAUGAUAUGUGUUUCAACUGCGAUUCAUCCGCAUUAUCUGAUUUAAAAAUAAAAAUGAACGAACUGAGUAUUCAAAUAAAAUCUAAAGAUCUUGAAUUGCAGGAAAAAGCAACAGAUAUUGCUAAUGUUUCUGUACAAAUAGAAGGAUUAAAAAAAACUGUGAUUGAAUGUCGUAGACGCCAAAAACUUUCGCAGAACCAAAUAAUUACCUUGUUCGAAGAACGAGCUGACUUUUUAGCUCAGUUGCAAGAUCAGCAACACGAAAUAUUAGUUCUUCGUAAACGUUUGGGUAUUGCGGAAAAGGAAAAUGAAGACCUGACAGAUCUGACAAAAGAAGAUGAACGUCCACGUUUUUCCACUUGCGAACUUAAAGAAGUUCUUACUGAGCGAAAUGAUUUGCAGCUCAGAGUUAAUGAUCUUGAACAAGAACUACAUGCAUGCAAAUACCCUACCAGUUUCAAUUUAAUCAAAGUAUAUAAUGAAAACAAUGAUCUUCCUGUUCAAGGACCUCUGCCGUAUGAACCAGAUGAUGCUCCUUGGAAAAGGCAACCAGGAAGCGGAAUUCGUAAAUUCUUUCGCAAAUUGUUUUCUGAUGUCAAUAGCGAUUCUGUAAGCUGUCACAAGCACUCUGUUUCAUCCCUCACCAAAAUUGCUUUAUCGAGUGGACCACAUAGCGACAUCCCGAUAUAAAUUAUUAGAUUUCUUCCUGCGUGAUUAGAAACAUACUAUUAUGAAAAUAUACUAUAUUUGAAUCGUAGUCGGUUUAUAUAAAUACUCAGCUGAGAAACGCGUAUCAUCUAUUUCAACAUGUCAAUAAAGUUAAGUAUUUUUACCGUGAGAUAUUUCUAUGUGAACACUACAUGAAUACCCUUAAUGUAUUUGUUAACGUACGUCUGAUA